UUUAUUUUCAUUGGGGAUUAAAAUACCAAACUCUUGUAUUUCUUCUUUUUCUCUCUCUAUCAUUUUUCUCUCUCAUCUAAUCUCUCUCUCUAAAAUCUCAGUGACCCGGCCGGAUUCUCACGCCGCUAUUGUCCUCUCCUCCUUCGAUUCCAGUUUCAUAGUUUUGCAUUCGCAACAAUGAAGUUUCGUUACGCCAUGGUUUGUUCAUCCAACCAAAACAGAAGCAUGGAAGCACACUUUCUUUUCAAAAGACAAGGGUUCGAUGUAUCUUCUUAUGGAACAGGUACCCACGUUAAGCUCCCAGGUCCUUCCCUCAGAGAACCAAAUGUCUAUGAAUUUGGAACUCCUUACAAAUACAUGCUUGAUGAGCUUCGUAGAAAAGACCCUGAACUCUACAAGCGAAAUGGAAUCCUGCCAAUGCUUAAAAGGAAUGCAGCUGUGAAAUUAGCACCUCAAAGAUGGCAAGAAAAUGCUGCUGAUGGCAUAUUUGAUGUGGUAAUUACGUUUGAAGAAAAAGUAUUUGAUAUGGUUGUUGAAGAUCUCCAUAACAGAGACCAUGUUUUAUUGAAAACGGUAUUGAUAGUCAAUUUGGAGGUCAAAGAUAACCACGAGGAAGCCGCCAUAGGAGCAAGACAGACUUUAGAUUUUUGUCAGGAGAUUGAAGCUGUUGAAUCAUGGGAGGAAUCCAUUGAUGAUGUUAUUGCUAGUUUUGAGAAACAACAUCGGCGGAAGCUUUUGUACAACAUCUCCUUCUACUAAAAUUAUACAACUUUUCCUAUGAAAUUUUUUGUUCCAAAAAACUAAUGUAAUAGUCGUUAUGCAUUGAAAUUUAGUCGGCUUAAACUACCAAAUGCAUAUAUAGUUAGUUGUCUGGAUUGGAACUUGUAGUAAUUGAUCAAGAAUGUCCACCAUAUUGAGUUGGUGUUUACUUUCAAAAUAUCUUAUUGAUACUGUGUUUAGUUUAGGCUUUGCCUCUAGGCAUGUUUAAUGAAUAAAUAUUAAAAUUGUUCUUA